AUGGCUGACCUCUAUCGGAUUGAGCAAGGGGAAAAUGAACAUCCGAAAGCAUAUUUGCAGCGUUUCAUUAACCUCGUCCAUCAAAUCCACGACGUCGAUCCAAUUACCGCAGCCAAUCUGUUCGUCAAAAGCUUGCAAGUGGGAUCUCUUUUACAUGAGAAUCUCACCAUGACGCUACCCUACGACAUGGCAGAAGUGCAGAUUCGAGCCGAGGGCGUCUUCAGGGCCUUGGAAUUUCGAGAACAUGCACAAAAGAAGUCUGCGCUCAUCUCUUCUCCACCAACAAAUAACCCUCUGCCACCUGCUAGAGAUGACAAGUGGAAGCGGAGCCAAACAGACCAUGCGAAGGAAGGAAAAAGGCCAAGACAGGAUCGACAGUCCCCACGGUACCCUUCCUUCGAAUACACCGUCCCGCAAGAAGUCAUUUAUGAAGAAAAUAAAGACAUACCUAUCUGGCGAGAGCCCUAUAAAAUUACCACUCCUUCUGACAGAAGGGAUAAAAGCAGGUACUGCCUCUUCCACAAAGAUCACGGUCAUACGAUCACUGAAUUCCAUAACUUGAACAAUCAGAUCCAAGCCCUCAUGAGGAGUGGGAGGCUUACCCAAUACAUCAAGGAGGCAAGCAGACUCGGCACCUCGCGACAUAAUCCCGCUUCUGCCUCAGCACCGCAAGCGUCAGAUCCCGUGCACACAGCCUCUGAUAGCACUCAGGAGCCUCUUAAGCAAGUCCCUAUGAUCCACGGGAUCAUGGAACUCACUGAGCACCAAGAGCAUAUCACCAAAAUCCAUAAGAGGAUGGAAGAACGAGUGAAGCGGUACAAAUCAUUAGGCCACACGGUCAAUCUCGUCACUUCAGAGGAUAGAAGCUAUCCAGCAUCUGCAAUCACCUUCACCGGUGAUGACCUAAAGGGCGUACACCUACCCCAUGAUGAUCCAAUCGUCAUUUCACUACAGGUUGACCAUUGCUAG